AUCAAUUUGCCUGUCUACUGCAGUGGCAGAAGUUUCUCUCUCACACUACACCCUCCUGAACACUUGGACAACUAUAUAAGAACUAGAAGCAGAAGGAAUGAAGAAAAUCCUUAAUGGAAAAGUCACUCAGGACAUGUUACUUUGGGAAAUAUUCAGAAAAAUGUUUCUCAGAUUGUACUGAAGCAGGAGUUCUGCUGGAAAGGAUAAAAAAGAAAGCCAUCAGCACCGGAUUCAGAGUGAAACAAAACCAACAAAAAAAGAUAUUGGAUUAACUUCCUGUGUUGCAAGAGGGGGGAAAAAAAGCCCGGGAAAAAAAACCCUGAACACAAAAGCCAUGAGAGACCGACUGCAAGAGCUUAAACUGAGGGCUAAGGAACUACAGAUAGCUGGAGAAAACAACAGUGCAGCUGUCCAAGAAGAGGAGCAGGACUUUGAACAGCAGGCCAUUAUUUAUGAAAAAGAGCCCAUAACUGAAAGGCACUUGCAUGAAAUCCAGAAGCUUCAGAAUGAAAUUAAUAACUUGGUGGAAGAAGUUAAUAAAUUCAGCCAACAACAAAAAAGCCUGGUGUCUUCAAUGAGGCGAUUCAGUGUUCUGAAAAAGGAAUCUAACAUAGCAAGGGAAAUAAAAAUUCAAGCAGAGCACAUAAGAAAAUGUUUGGAUGAACUGUCGAAGACAGUGAAAAAAGUUGAAAAUGAGCAUGGGCCAUCACGUGCCACAGUGAGAAUCCUGACUUUUCAACAUGCCUUCUUAUCCCACCGUUACCUCAAUGCCAUGCUGUCCUACAAUGAAGCCAUAACUGCCAAGCAGGAGAAAUGCAGGAGGUUUAUUGUCCGUCAGCUCGAAGUAGCUGGUAAGGAGGUGUCUGAAGAAGAAGUCAAUGACAUGCUCCAACAAGGAAAAUGGGAGAUUUUCAAUGAAAAUCUCCUCACUGAAGCCAAAAUAACUAAAGUUCAGCUUUCGGAGAUCGAGCAGAGACACAAAGAACUCGUCAGUCUAGAGAACCAGAUCAAAGACAUAAAGGAACUUUUUAUCCAGAUAUCAGUGCUGGUGGAGGAGCAGGGGGAGAUGAUCAACAACAUAGAGAUCAGUAUGAACAACACUCAAGAAUAUACUCAAGUAUCUAAAGAAAAAUUUGGGCUUGCAGUCAGGUAUAGAAAAAGAAACCCCUGCAGAGCAAUAUGCUGCUGGUGUUGUCCAUGCUGCAAAUGAUAAAAGAAAUGAACUCCUGGAAAUACCAAUGGUUCCUACACAGCAAACUGAUCUUGAAAAGCAGUCUUAGGAUCUCAUUUUCCCUUCAACAGCGCUCUCAGGAAAAACUCUGUCUAUUUAUCCAAAGAGAGUUAGAAGAAUGCAAAGAACGUUAUGGUUUUCACAUAAACACAUGAAUAAGGGGAAAGGAUCAAAGGACAAAAGUGCCACUUUUUUGUUCUUCUGACUCAAACUAAAAUAAUGUGGCAACAAACUGUGCUUUUGGGAAGCAUUGAAAGCAUUGUUAUCUCAAAGACAGAUUUCAUAAUAAUGGUCUAGUGCUUUUUACAAAAUAAUAAUUGGUAUUUUUAAUUGCCUUGUGUUUUUUAGCACUUUUAUUUACUUGAUUCAAAUUCUAAGGGUUUUUUUUCCCCAGAAAUCUGAAAUUCUACAAAAUCAAUCUACACAUAAAGCAGACUCCAUUAUUAACAAUCCAGAAUGUGAUGCCUAAACCAAACAAGAAGUCAGAAGAGAGUUAUCUGGAGUGUUUCACUACAACUUCUACAGGAAAAGUUACUCACAGACAUUGGGUUAUUUAUUUAAUAACACUCUGUUGUAUUUCUUACAGAUAGGGGUUGAGUUGCUGUUUUCUGAACAAAUUAAAGAAUACCAGCAGCAGCAGAGCACAUCACCAAACCUACAAGGAUAUUUGUCAGCAGCUUGCUGAGAAGCCAAGCAUUAACAAACCGACACAGAUAUUUAUAUUAUUCAGCUACACAGGCAGACCCUCUACUAGAUAAGGAUAGGGGAAUAUGAUACUUAAUCACACAGUGUUAGGGCAUUUUCUUACUGCUGCCUGUUCUAUCUAAACGUUCAGUUGCAUCUGCAGUCUCACUUUUGCUAGUUCAAAAAUUAAAGGAAAAAUAUAAAAAAACAAUAGAACUCCAUACUUAUUUAAAAAAAAAUAACCUAGAACCAGAGGAUGAUUUAGGGUUGGAAGGAAUUCCUGGUGGACCUCCAGAUCAUCCUCCUGCUCCAACGUUUGCUCAAAUCAAGACAGAAAUUUUCCUGGUUGCAGCUCUUGUCUACCACUUCUGAUCCUACCACAUGCCCCUGAAAAGAACCCUGUUACCUUCACACCUUAUUGCUUAGGCAGCAGGAAGAUCUCUCCCUUAGUUUCUUUACUUCUAGUCUGAACAAAAGCAGCUCUCUGACUCUCCUGAUAUGUCACAUGCUCCAGUACCCAACUGGACUCACUACAUAAUAAUCACAUUUAUCUUCAUGGUAGUCCUGUGGUGGGAAGUCCAGAAUGGUGCAGGACAUGCAUUUAUUUGUACUCUACAGGAGUUGCCAGAACUUCUAAUGGAGGGUUUCCACAACUCUAGAUGGUUCCAUGAAAUUCUGCUGAUUGUAGAAGCUUGGGAUCUUCAGAUAGGAAUGAAAAUCAGAUGCCUAAAGCAGCAAAUAAGAAUAGCUCCCCUGAGUACCUAAACCAGUAAGCAGAAAAGGAAUGCUUUUGCUUUCCAUAUUCCCAAUGGCUGGCUUCUACCCCAUUCCCAACUGCUUUUGGAACUUAACAAGAAACAGCUCUCUAAUAAAAUUUAACAGAAAAUAACACUGCAACAAAGGCGAAAAAAGUUAUUUCCAAAAAGAAAUUAAAAAAACCAAAUCCACACUAAAACUGAACUCCAAAGCAGAAAUGUAUUUCUGAACUCUUUGUGCUGUGCAAAGGCACAAUCAAUACUACUAUAUCUGUAUACAGUCAGAGAAGGCAGAACAAACUGCAUUACAGUUCUACAAGGCACUAAGUGAGUUACAUGUCUUCAGUUUCAUCUAGUGGGACAAAAAAAAAAAAUCAAUCCACUAUCAAAGGGCACUACUGAAUUAUUGUUACAUUGUGAUAUUUAUAAAUAGUUGGAUUCCUUCCAUCCCACAUUAAAUGCAACUGAAAUUAACUGUUAUCAAAAUACAAUCAAAGGUCUGAACCUUAAAGAGAAAAAUAUUAUAACAUUUAUAAGAAAUAAAGUUAAUGACACCACAGAUAUUAUUUCAUUAAACAACCUCCCGUAAACUGCUGCAUAUAUGGAAACUACCUUUAUGUUUCAAGAGCAGAGUAGAAACCAGACAAUAAACAAUAGAGAGAAAAAAGUUGCU